AUGACGGAGACAAAUCCGGACUUGAGCCCUCAACCUGUGGAACUUCUCAGUCUGCCCCACAGUCAGCUGUAUCUCCGCAGGAUGAAGGAUCAGGAUAAUGAUUAUGAGGAUAUUGAUGACAUCAGACCACCGCCACCUGUGCCCCCCAAGCCUCCUUCUCUAGCCAAGCAUGACAGUAUCACAUCUAACUUGCAUGCUCACCAAUCUGAACCAGGCAAUCUUAAAGAUGAUAUUAUUAGUGUUACUAUGUCCUUGGGAAACAUGUUCUGUUCCCGCUGCGGGGAUGGAUUUGAACCUCAUGAGAAGAUUGUCAACUCCAAUGGUGAACUGUGGCAUACUCAAUGUUUUGUUUGUGCUCAAUGUUUUCGACCAUUUCCUGAUGGAACAUUUUACGAAUUUGAGGGACGGAAGUACUGUGAACAUGACUUCCACGUACUCUUCGCUCCUUGUUGUGGAAAAUGUGGGGAGUUUGUGAUUGGACGGGUGAUCAAGGCGAUGAACGCUAACUGGCACCCCAAAUGUUUCCGCUGCGAGGACUGUGGCAAGGAAUUGGCAGAUCUGGGAUUCAUUCGGCACCAGGGUCAGGCUCUGUGCCAUGACUGCCGUGCCCGGGCCAGGGCCGGUGGCAUCGGCAAGUACACAUGCCAUAAGUGCCAUGGUAUGAUUGAUGAGAAGCCACUUCGCUUCAGAGGUGAAGUGUAUCACCCAUACCACUUCAACUGUACUGCUUGUGGCGUCGAGUUGAACUCUGAUGCACGGGAAGUGAAAAGUCGUCCAGGCUUCACUGCUAACGACAUGGCAUCUGUCGUUGUGACUGCUAUGAUUAUGAAAAAGCUAUUAAACGAGCUGUACUGUCUCCGCUGUCAUGACAAGAUGGGUAUCCCGAUCUGUGGAGCUUGUCGCCGUCCGAUAGAAGAACGAGUUGUCACUGCUUUAGGAAAACACUGGCACGUUGAGCAUUUUGUUUGCGCUAAGUGUGAGAAGCCUUUCUUAGGCCACCGCCACUACGAGAAGAAAGGCCUGGCAUACUGUGAGACUCACUACCAUCAGCUUUUUGGAAAUCUUUGUUUUGUUUGCAACCAAGUCAUUGCAGGAGAUGUGUUCACCGCCCUGAACAAAGCCUGGUGUGUCCACCAUUUCGCCUGUUCUGUCUGCGACCAGAAGAUGAACCAGAAGACCAAGUUCUACGAGAUCGAUCUGAAGCCUGUGUGUAAGAAGUGCUACGACAAGUUCCCCGGAGAGUUCCGCCGCAGGCUGCGUAAAGCCCAUGAGGCCACACCCAAGAAGGCACCCACCCCAUAACAUCAACCAACUUGCCUCUUCUGCAAGGAGUGUCCCGGCUGCUGAGGCUACGUAACAAAAUACAUAACAUUAGUAACGUUGAAUUUUAAAGAAGAAAUUAACUAUUUCAACUAACAGGACAGUUUUACAACAAUGUUACUCUGAGUAUUUUUACAUUUUAUUCCUCUAUGGCCGGUUUUGCUUAAAGCUUCUUGUUCAGUUAACAUUAAGUACGUUCCUCAGUAAGCUGUGCACAAUAUCAUGAAGGCAUUUAAUAACAACACACAAGUGCCUGUCAACUCAAAUGUCAAUGGAAAUGAUGUGUUCAUGUUUUAUUUAUUAUCCAAUAAUUAAUGGAAAUUAAUGUACUAAUGAAACUUAAAUUAAUCUUAAGUCUUAAAUUUGCAUUAACUAGGGUUUGGAAUAAAUAUAUAACCCUUAAUUUGGUAAGGUUAGGCUUGAUUUAUAUUAGUUAUAUUUUAUCUGUUUAUUUCACUCUGUACAAGAUUAUAGUUUUGAUUUUUGGAUCCCUAAAAUUUGAUAGUUCAUAAAAAAAAUAUUACAUUUGCUAUAGUUUUAUUGUCUUUAUCACUGCCAAGCUGUAAGAAUUGCAACAACACUAUACAUAUUAAAUUGCGAUUCUGUAUUGAUUAAGAAGAUUUCAUUCUUUCCAAUAUUUUGUCUUCAUAUUCUAAAUGAUUUUUCAUUUAAGACAUCGGUUACUGUAUAUAUUCCCUGAUCAGUCAAAUUAAAUUUUAUGUUUUUGGAAUUGUUACUUAAGUGCAGUUCUGAUUAUGUUACACUUUCAUCUAAAGAUCUCUCAGAUAAAAACUUGUUGUUUAUCAGUGUUAUCAUAAGUUUUAUAAUUUGAAGAGGUUUCUCUGAUACUGAAACAUUGUGAAAGGUUUAUUUUUCCUUACUGUUACUUUGAAAUCUAUAAAAUAUUACAGUCAGUAUAGUAUAUCGUGAACAAUCACCAUAAAAUAUGAACUAUACUUUGUGUAUUCUUUACUCCUUAAAACUCUCCAGAAGUGUAAUUAAUUAUUAACUUGAUCUAGGUAGGCUAAGUAAUUCUAAUUGUAAUAUGAGUAUUUUAGGGUUAAAAUAAUAUAAGACUCUGAAAUGAUGUUAGAUAAAGCUUUAUUGCCUUUAGUGUACAACAGCAGUGCCUCUUAUUCAAGCAUAUUUACAAUAUUUUUAAUUCCUGGAAUUUUUUAUGUUGCUAGUGUUUCAUAUUGAUGUUUUAUGAGAAUUAAUGAAAUACUGUUGUUGGUAAUUUCAGCCAAUGUUGGUAAUGUAAAUUUAAAUCUCUAUAUAAUAUUGUACGUGACAUUUAUCCUGUAAAAUUAAACUUAUAGUACCUAGCUAAACUAGUAGGAAGCUCAUUAGAGUAAUUAUUGUAAUGACUGUAGUUCAAAGAAUUCUAAAGUAGUGUUCAAAAUAGAUUAUUUACCAGUUCAUUGUACUGAAAAAUGCAUCUCAAUUACAAAUAUGUAAGUUGUUGUUAGAAUCUGUCAGAAAUUAUUGCUUCCUAGUCAGCAAGACGGAUUGUUACAUGAUUGUUGGAUUUUAAUGUUCUUGUUAACUCAUAUGAAAUAUUUACAGUUGUAUAAGGUAUCGAUAUACUAGCAUUACUCUUGUAUUGUAAUCAUUACUUGGUGCUGUUACAGUGUUGAAAUUUUAGCUAGUUUUAAGAUCAAAACAUUUUAAGGACCAUUACAAUGUUUAGCUGCAUGUUUAAAAUUUUAACAGUGUUAUUAAUGUAUUAUGUGCAUUUUAAUAUAUGAAAUAAAGUACUGACCGUUCAGUGUUA